AUGCUGGUCUGCCAGCAUGUUCCUGCCUCUGACUUAUUUUUAGGAAAGUGGCUUCUGGCAGGUGGGUGCAAGGCGCCCUUUAAGUCUAAAAAGACGGUAAAGAUCAAACUGCGCCUGAGCACAGGGCCAUUUACCGGUUUUACAAUGGGGAACCUGACCAACUAUGCAUUUGUGUCUUUACUUGCCUACUGGAUACACGGCUAUGCCUUUGCUUUUGGAGAUCAAGAAAGAAUUAUUGGAAAUAAGAAUUUCUUUACUUUUGGAAAUGUCAACUUUUCACACUUCUUUUUUAAUUAUGCAAGAUGUGCCAUUGUAACAACCAUCGUAUCAGGAGCUAUUACACAAAGGACAGAACCAAUUGGUUACAUUAUAUCCAGCUACAUUUUGGCAGGAUUUGUUUACCCAAUUGUUUCUCGGUCCUUUUGGCAUCAGUCAGGUCUUUUUUAUAUAAAUCUUCCAGUUGAGGAUUAUGCUGGAAGUGGAGUGGUAUUCUUAGUCGGUGGUACAGCAGCACUGAUUGCAUCAUUUGUCACAAAUGCGCAUGUUGCCCGCUGUGUGACACCUAUCAUCAAUCAAGGCUAUAGUUUACCUCUUGCAGUUCUUGGAGCUUUUAUGCAAAUAAUUGGCUCCUUAGGCUUUGUUGUUGGUGCACAAGGUCACAUUACAGAGUCUGGAGAUGGUCAGUCGGCCAGUCUUGCUGUGGUCAAUACUCUACUAUCAACAGGAUCUGCAGGACUAUAUGGUUUGUUUUUCCUGAGAAUGAGGAGAGACACCUACAGUAUGCCACGAUUGAUUAAUUCAGCACUUAGUGGAAUGGUAGCAGUUUGUGGAGGUGCCAACAAGUACAUGCCUGCACUAGCAGUAAUGUGUGGGGCCUCAGCAUCCCUAUUAUAUAUGGCACUUGAACAUUUAUGCACAGUAGCCAAGAUUGAAGACCCAAAUGAUACUAUUGCCAAUGGAGGAGAGCCUAUUGCCUCCUUGCAGGCAGACUGGAUAUCGACAGUCACAAAGCCCCUGCGAUUGCCACCUUUCCCAUUUUCCAGCGAUGUAACUGGUGGCUGCUAUCUCCACCCAGAUGCAUCUAUUGAAUAUAAUUGUCUUGCACUUUGUGUUGUGAUGGUUUGGACUACAUUUGUUAUGGGUUUUGUAUAUCUCUUGCUGAAAUUUGUUGGAAUUCUAAAGCCAUUUCCAAAAAUGGAAUCACAAGUUAUUCUCUUGCUCUUAAUGUACGAGUAA